GAAUCAAGAGUGGAGGAGAAAAUGUUUAUCCUGAAGAAGUAGAGGCUGUCCUGUCACAACAUCCUGGUGUUUCUGGCAAUGUAGUUGUUGGACUUCCAGAUUUGCGCUUGGGAGAGAUGGUUGUUUCCUGCAUUCAGCUCAAAUGCAAUUGGCAGUGGGAUGAUUUAAGCUCCAGCCCUCCAUCAGUUAACUACUUGUCUGCUGACAUCCUCCGCUGCUUCUGUAAAGAAAAACAAUUGACUAGGUUUAAAGUACCAAAAAGAUUUAUUAGGUGGAGGAAUCAGUUUCCAGUGACGACAACAGGCAAAAUAAAAAGAGACCAAGUCAGAGCAGAACUCAUGUCUAAUAUGCAGUCAAUGUCCAGCAAAUUAUAGAACAUAUUUCUUGCAGUCUGUAAUAAAUUAUAGAGAAAGGGGUCAAUUAGACCCUUCCACAAUUGUACUAAUCACAUUAGCCAAAAAAACGGAUGAUGACCAUUUUUUCUUUUUCUUUACUCUCUCAUUCUUCUUC